GGUCGUGGAAUAUAUCUUAUUUUCCCAUUGAUGAACUUGGCUUCGGGCAUGAGGAUUUAUCUGAUUGUGAAGGUGCUUUUCAUAAUUUUGGAUUCACAAGUGUCCUAAGGAGUAGCUUCCACCAUUCAGGCCAAGAGGUCAUCACCCUGGGCGGAGGUGAAGAAAUAUGGCUCUACUUGGAUGGACACCUGAUCAUGGAAAUCAUAAAUCACGACUUUCAUCAAAUCAUCUGCAAAAAAGCCGUACUAAAGAACAACAAUGGGGAGGUGGAAAUAUCUAUAUACCAAGGAGCUAUCGAGCACGGGAGGUGUACUUCGCUGUCAUAUCUUCCAAACGAGAAUGUAACCAUGUUGUUAAGGGUUGGGGAUUCGUACACAUUUGAUAUGUUUAUGGCCGAACGGUUUGAGUGCUCCUCAGAACUAUUCAUUGAAUUCCAAAACGUUGAUCUGCCUUCUGAUGACGAACCGGUCAUCUCUGCUUCCUUCCAUACAAACGAAUGGACGGGGACUGGUGUAGACAUCGGGACAUUUGUGAUCGCCGAAUUCAAUGAUGACAUCAAUUUGUAUGCGGGCAAAGUCGCGACAGAAUUUGAGAAUGUUGACUUUCAACCUGAAUGCUACACUGACCCGCAAGGCUUGGAUUAUCGAGGGUUUGUAAGCGUCUCUGAGAAUGGUCACGUGUGCAAAAACUGGUUAUCGCAAAGCAUCGUUAACGACACCUACAACUCGGGUCUGGGCGAUCAUAACUACUGUAGGACGCCAUCUAUCAACGAGACAGCACCAGUGUGCAUCACUGAAGUAGAUCCACUUACUGUAGAAUACUGUAACGUUGGACCCCCUCAGACGUGGUGUGGAAUUCCAUAUGCAUACAAAACGUUUGUUACCAUGGGAGCAGAAGAUGGAAGAUUGAAUGAUAUUUUGUUCUCUGCAAGCAGUUUUUUUACUGAACGGUACCCACCUUCUAGUGCCAGACUUAACAAGGAAGCAGAUGGCCCCCUGGCAGGGCAUUGGUGUGCAAAGAAUUCCGGCCCUGAUGAGUGGAUCCAGGUCGAUCUGGGGGCUAUCCACCCUCUUGCUGGUAUAAUGACCCAGGGUCGCAUUAGUCUGUCGCUGUGGCCUGCAAGCUUCCGGGUAGUGUACAGCUCAGACGAGGUCACAUGGUUCUCCGCAAGAAACCUGGAUGAUAAUGAGACUUUCACAGGAAAUACUAACCGAGAUGGGGUUUAUCCGAAUUACUUCCGACGGGAAAUUCUGGCCCGAUACCUACGGGUCACCGACGUGAUUAUGAAUCCAGAGACAUGGCGAGUUCCCUGUAUGAGAAUGGAGUUGAUAGGAGUCCGUUAUGAAACAGAUAUGAAAGCACUCGAAAUGCCAUCACCAGCUUCAUACGCUCCCUUGGGAAUGGAGGAUGGACGCAUACAAGAUGACCAACUCACUCAAAGUUCUUGCUGGGAUGAGUAUCAUUGUGCUUACCGAGCUCGUCUCAACAUUCAGAAUGAGGUUGGAGUCGGCAUCGGAGGAUGGGUGCCAGAUUCGGGAGACCGGUCGCCAUGGAUACAGGUUGAUCUUCGGGAGACCAAGCUGGUUGGUGGGGUGAUGACCCAGGGAAGGACUGAUCAUAGCAAUGUGUUUCAGUCAUUUUCGGUUUCAUACGGCACCAAUGAUUCUCACUGGGUUCCUGCUAAAGAUAGGAGAAAUUCAGAGACCUUCAUAUCAAACUAUGAUCCGGAUACAAUUGUGGUGAACUACUUUGAUAUGCCUAUUGAAGUGCGUUACAUGAAACUUAAUUUUGAAUUCAAAAGCUAUCCGGGCGCUUUACGGAUGGAAAUCCUGGAGUUCCUACCAAAUUAUGGACCUGGCAUAUCACAGUUAGAUAUUGAACCAUUGGGUAUGGAAAAUUCUGCCAUUCUGAAUGAAAGCCUUGAUGCAAGUUCCGAAAGAUUGUCAGUGACCUUUGCCAGAUUGAAUGGGCCGUCAGGUUGGAUGCCAGAACCAUCUACCGAUGACAGCAAUCCUUGGAUUCAAGCAGAUAUUGGAGUCCUGCGUGACGUCAUAGGUGUACAAUUGCAAGGGAAUGCUGAUGAUGAUUACUGGGUUACAGCAUACAGAGUCAGAAUGAGCAUUAAUGGCUCCGAAUGGAAGGACGGUGUCAACAUCAAGGGGUCCGAGAUUUUCCAUGGCAAUCGAGACAGGCACUUGAUCGUCACCAACUACUUCAUACAACCGGUACAAACCAGAUAUGUCAGGAUCUAUCCGCAAACAUGGCAUGGGGAUAUAAGCUUCCGGUUUGAGCUGCUUGGCCUGACUAAGAUACCUCUGAGUGAGGUCUUUGAUGCUGAGAAACCACUGACGUUUUAUCCUCUUGGGAUGGUGAAUGGAGAUAUAGAGGAUUCUCAGCUUUCAGAAAAAAAUUGUUGGGAUGACGAACAAUGUGCACCUAGCGCUCGCCUUCAUAGUAGACACCCUGGUCAUUCUGGACCACCUUAUGGCGGAGGAUGGGCGGCUGCAGGCCAAAAGAACCCAUGGAUACAAGCCGACUUGAAGGCAAACUUCUUGGUGAUUGGCCUGAUGACGCAAGGCAAGACUGAGUUUAAUAGACAAUGGGUGACAAGAUUUCGAGUUAUGAGGAGUUUUGACGAAUACCUAUGGCACAACACCCUUGACAUACGCCGCCAGAUAGAAUUCCUUGGUAACUUCGACCAGAAUACAGUUGUCACAAACUAUUUCUACAGACCAGUAUUUACUCGAUUUGUGAGAAUUGUUGUGAUGGCCCAACAUAUUCAUCCAGUGAUCAGAUUUGAGUUGAUUGGACGAGAUAUCAGACCACGAAGGAAGCGCUUUCCAAGAGAUUCAAGCGAAUGUUAUAGCUCUACCGAUCUGACUGAUUAUAGAGGGACUGUGAAUGAGACUAUCUCAGGUUACACCUGUCAGAAGUGGACCUCAUUUGAACCCCAUGACCACGACCGUACAGCGGCCAGGUUCCCAAUGAGGGGUAUUGGAGAUCACAAUUACUGUAGAAAUCCAGAUGGCGAGCCAUUUGCAUGGUGCUAUACGACAAAUCCUCAUGUAAGAUGGCAAGGAUGCAGUAUUCCUCCCCGUCAAGAUACGUGUGGCGAAGAUCACGAAAAAGCUAAAUGGGAAGAGUGCUUUACAGACAGCGAGGGGAGAGACUACAGGGGAUUCGUCAACACGACAGAAAACGGCAAAGAGUGCCAGCGGUGGGACCGAACAUCGCCGCACAGUCACACGAAAGUGAGUCAAUACCCGGAUGCAGGGCUGGUGGAGAACUUCUGCCGGAACCCGGAUCCAGGGGACUCGACAGCCUGGUGUUACACCACUGAUCCAAACGAGAGGUUUGAAGAAUGCCGGCUUUUGCCACGUCAGUCUUCAUGUGUCAAUGUGUCUGCUGAAUUCGUCUGCAAUUUGACAAGACGCUUGGAGCAGUACGGUGGAGUGGUGAAUUGGACUGUCAGCGGUAGGGUAUGCCAGCAUUGGUCAUCGCAAUUCCCCCACGAGCACCCCUUCACAUCUCAUGAGGGCGACCACAACCAUUGUUCAAAUAUCGGCAUGCGUGUUACCCCUUGGUGCUACACAACGGACCCUUUGGUUCCGUGGGAAUACUGCCCGGUAGGCAUCUACCACCAUGCAUGCGUGAAGAACUCAAGAGCUACUUUUGAAAAAGAAAGACCAGUGGUCACCUUGAAGCCAUAUUCAAACAAGGGAACUUGGCCGAAAUACGCAGAGGACUCCACAAAGGACUUCAGUGGAUUUCACUUUGAUUCGGUCGAUGGAGUCAAGUUUGUCCCCUGUGUAAAAGGAGAUGCUUGCGAUCCGGAUCCUUGUUUUAAUGGAGGCACCUGUAUGCUGAAUGAUACUUCUUACACAUGCCUGUGCUCAGGGGCAUGGACAGGAAGAAAUUGCACACAGGUAUCCCCGAACCUCGAUAAUGCUGUAUGGUAUGGGAAAGGUAAUGUUACGGUCGUCACAAAUCUGAUCUUAGACCAUGAAGAAAAGCCUGCUUACCAAGUUAAACUAAGAUUUGACAAGCUUUAUGAUCGGGACCACCCAACCUUCAUAUUUAUUGAGGUGUAUGUGGACGAUGCUAAUGACCAAUGCCCUGAGUUCCCUGGAAACUACACCUUUUAUCCGGUCCCAGUGUUCCAACAAUACAUCGAUACUGUUCAUGCUUACGACAAUGAUCAAGGACAUAACGCCAUGAUAUCAUAUUAUUCAGAAAUAGCCCAUUCUGUCCAACGUGAUGAGCUACUGAGUAAUGUGACUGUCCGUCUAGCGGCCGUUGAUGGCGGUUUUCCCCGAAGAGGUACGGUAAAAAACGUUACUCUUAUAGUGAGCGAGUCGUGUGUAUUUGACGCUGAUGAAGAGCGGACCCCUCUUCGGCUCACAACCGGCAUUGACACGGGAAAGAUCGGGGUGGCUGUCCCAAAAUAUUACUUUUACAAAUAUGAUUGUCUAUCUCCUCUUGGAAUGGAAUCGAGAAUCAUCAGUGAGUUUCAUCUCGAUGCCUCUGAUGAUGGCCUAGUUGGGUACAGUGUGGACAGUGCAAGACUCAAUAGACUACCUAUGCGGCUAUUCGGUUCAGGUUCGGGCAGUUGGGUGCCUGGUUACUUCCCAUCGCGUCUGGGUGAAUGGAUGCAAGUAUCUAUGAACGAAACCACUGUGUUUGCUGGAAUCAAGACGCAGGGUUCCAGUGAUAUACUGGCAUGGGUUGUAAACUUCACGUUGGCUGUCUCCAACGAUACGUUCUCAUGGAUGGAUAUCUUAGACGUGAACAACAAGACCAGGGUAUUCAUUGGAAACUACGACCAAAACAGCACAGUGACAAACUACUUUGAUGAAGUAUACGCCAUAUAUUUGCGGAUUUAUCCUAUAUCGUGGCACAGCCGUAUUGGUUUGCGCUUCGAGCUGCUAGGAUGCAGGCCGUACAUGAAGUUUAAACAUCUGCUUGGUUGUAUGCGAUGUGAGACCACGUACUACUGCCCAGGUGAUGGAUCACGCUCAACUUGUGGCCGAUGUGACCCACCACGAGAUGAUUGCGAUCGUUCACCGGUGGAACAUUCCUAUGGACACGCAACGCACUGCAGCCCUUGUCCAGAAGGACAUAUUUGCCAUGAUGGAUAUGCAUAUCUAUGUCCACCAUAUACAUACGCAGUAUGCAAUGACACGUUCUGUAUUGAUGAAUGCAUCCAAUGUGAAGCUGGUACAGCAUGUUUUGAUGGAGUAAGGACCGAGUGCAGACCAGGUUUCUUCUCCAUAGGAUAUGGACAAGAUGAGUGUCUCCCAUGUGAGGAUGGGUCGUACCAACCGCUUCCAAAGCAAUCAUCCUGUGAAUGCUGUCCAAGUGGCUUUACAAGUUCCCUUGGCAAAUGGGAGUGUUCCCCUUGCCAGUUUAACCAGUAUUCUGAUGCUGACUGCCUCCCGUGCUCAUUAUGUUCAUCUGCAAGCGAGUGUCCCUGCAUGCUUCCUCCCGGGCCUUGCUUUAAGGGAGUGAAGUGCGUGAACACUGGAGGUGGUCAAUAUCGCUGCCUGGAUUGCCCGCUUGGUUACCGUGGUGAUGGAGUGAACUGCGUGGAUAUCAAUGAGUGUACUGAGUCGGACCCCUGCUUCAGCUCCGAUGGAUGCACCAAUCUAGAGCCGGGGUACGUCUGUGAUAGAUGCCCAGCUGGUUACCAUGGAGAUAUCAUCCAUGGAUACGGCUUGAAUCAAACCCGAGACAACAGACAGGUAUGCACAGAUAUUAAUGAAUGCCUCACCGAGAAUGGAGGAUGUGAUGCCAAUGCAUAUUGUAACAAUACAGAGGGAAGUUUCCAGUGUGGUGAAUGUUUACCUGGUUACCUUGGUAACAACGAAGAUGGGUGUAUGCUCGAUAUAGACCACUGUGCCUUGGGAACCCAUGAGUGUAAUGAGCAUGCCAUCUGUCACUAUUUACGGCCGAAUCACUAUUACUGCGAGUGUGAUGAGGACCAUGCUUGGGCCGGGGAUGGAUUCGUCUGCGGCCGUGAUCUCGACAUGGACGGUCAGAUGGACCUGAAGAUGCGGUGCACCAAUACAUCAGAUAAAAACUGCCUCGCUGAUAACUGUCCGGGUUACCCAAACAGCGGUCAGGAGGAUGCUGACGGCGACCUGACCGGAGAUAUCUGUGACACUGAUCGUGACAAUGAUAGAAUCUACAACGAACUUGACAACUGUCCCUAUGUAGCCAACUUUGAUCAGGCGGAUGUGGAUGGCGACGGUGUCGGUGAUGCGUGUGAUAACUGCAUGACAAAGUCUAAUACAGGCCAGACGAACAACGAUGGUGACUGGGAGGGCAAUCAGUGUGAUAAAGAUGAUGACAACGAUGGUCUCAAGGACUGGAAGGACAACUGCAAGUUUGUCUACAACCCUGAUCAAGAGGAUACCGAUGGGGACGACGUAGGCGAUGCUUGUGAUAAUUGCCCCUUCGUCACUAACCCUGAUCAGGACGACUAUGACAAGGAUGGAUAUGGUGAUGAAUGCGACAAUGGGGAGUCUGAUGUAGACGGUGACAGCGUACAUGAUUACGAUGACAACUGUAUUUAUGUCCCUAAUGCUGAACAGCUUGAUAUUGAUGGUGAUGGUGAAGGCGAUGCAUGUGAUGAGGAUAUUGACGAUGAUGGCAUUUUGAAUGAGGUCGAUAAUUGUCCGUUGGUCCAAAAUGAAGAUCAAGUAGAUGAUAUCGAGAAUUUCAUAGGAGAUGCUUGCGAGACUGAUUUUGAUGGAGAUGGCUUUGAUGAUGAGGUUGAUAAUUGUCCGAAGAACCCUCGAUUGCACAGUUCUAAUUGGACCAAUGGGAUAGUUGGCAAUCUGAAAUUCCCCACGCAAGGGGUAACUUGGUUCUUCUCUGAUAAGGGAAGAGAGGUCCACGGCAAGAAAGAUAAAAACGUUCCUGUGCUCCUUGUCAGCAACGAAAAAUUUGAGGACGUGAUCUACACGGGCACCAUGUACGUCAGCGGUGAUGAGGAGACGGGGGAUAACAUGUGCAUUGGAUUGGUUUUCGGCUUCCACAAUCUCAGGCAAUUCUACGUGGUACAAUGGUGGAAGCAGUUAGGUUUCCAAACGGAAACAAAUCUUCCUGGAAUGGUCAUUAAGAGGAUAUUCGCUAAAGACCAUGGCGAUGACUUCCUUGCUGCUCUGUGGUCUUAUCAGACUUACACAGAUUAUUCCCAUGUGAUAUGGCAAGACAGAGACCUCAAAACCUGGAACUACAAGACACCUUAUAGAUGGAAAAUCGUACACACACCAUCCAUUGGAAAGUUCAGGGUCCAGAUAUUCACCGUUGAUGGUCUGCUAACCGAUUCAAGUGAUAUAUAUGACAUCAUGUAUCUUGGGGGUCGUCUGGGUAUAUUCAUGGACCACCAAGACGGUGUCCUCUGGUCAAAUAUGGAAUACAAGUGUCUUGGCAGAUUGAACAAGGCUCUUGUGUUUGAUGGGAAUACCACAUAUAUCGAUAUCGGAGAGGUACGAUCAAUCCACUUGACUGCACAUUUCUUUAUUGAGAUGUGGUGUUUCAUAGAACCAGUAUCAGAUGAAGAGAUUUUCCCCUUGUUGAGUACGACAGAUGGAUCAUUUGAAUUUUACAUUCAGAAUUCAACACUCUUUGGUAAAUACAGAGAUGCAUCCACCAGUAUGACUGGGAAUCUAACAGGCGGGUGGAGGCAUGUGGCUAUUCAGGCUUAUAUUCGAGGGGACCUCAAAGUUUACAUUGAAGGUGAACGUUCACCAUCAACUCCGGAUGCUAUCAUCAGUGCUCAUAACCAAUGGCCUCCUGACACUCAUCUGUACCUCGGCAAAGGAGCCUCGGGGGAACUCUUCAGAGGAAAAAUUGACGAGUUGAGGAUAUUUCGUAAUGCCUUUAAUUUUCACAUCGGAGAUACUUUUUUCCGUGAUUUUGAAUUCUGGAGAAACAGUGGCUACUUUGUCUUGCAGUACUCAAUGGAUGAGCAGUCCAAUGGAGCAUCUGUUAUAAAGGACCAGGGUCGCUAUGGCUUUGAUGGUCAAGUCAACGGAAGGGCAUCCUUUGUCCCCAGUACCAUGGACGGCUAUCGGUGGGCGCAGACUACUAUCCAAUCCAAUAAGUAUAAACGUAGGCGUAAGCGGAGUAUUGAGGACAACGUUCCAACAGCGGAUCUCCAUGAUGAACUAUGAGCAUUCGUCAAAAUGAUAACGUAAUACUUUGGAACGUCAACCGAACUUGUGUGACUCUUCGGGCAUUGCAAGAAACUUGCGAUCGAUUUCAAGUCUAUUUUCGGUUCCUAAAACAAUUGUAAGUUUUGAAAAUAGUUGUUUAUGAUUCAUUGUAAUCUGAUCUGCCACAGUUAAAAUUGAUCUAUCAAUCGCAAAAAUUGGAACGAGAUAUUAGCGAUUGAUUGCAAAUAUUUUUUGCAGCACCCCCUGUGCUUAUUUGUUGUAAUGAAGCUAACUGUAGACCCAUCAUUCUACAUGUAUACAUUUACAUUUGUGACCAUUGCACUUGAAGUAUAUUGUAGAAGUCUUAUUGUGAAAUUGAAUCGUCUUACAUCGGAUGAUGAUGGAAUUUGAUGUGUCACGGAAACUCUUGUGUAUGCAUUUGUGUGUUUUUAAAGAUUUUUUUUUGCCAAGUUUUUUUCAAGAUUCCUAAUAAAACAAUGAGUCUUUGAAUGUGUUGUAUGGUGAUCCAAAUUGCACAAUUGGAUUAUUAAUUAUAAUUAUAUUUAUCCCAUCUUCUUGCUCUCUAAUAAACCCAGUUAAUUUCCAAUUCGUCUAAUGCCAAUUUGUCCAAAAUUUGCCAACUCGUCUACUAUCAUUUGGUCUUAUU